CGAAGAAAUUUUGUAAACGGUGGGGGGGCUCCAUGGGGCUGCUGGGUGUCGCAGUGUAACGAACGGGAGCUUUUAGGGAGGUAUGGGGUGAUGGGAAAGGGGGGUGGCCUAAUUGGGGAGAACUGGGGGAGGGAUCGAAAGCAGACGGGAUUCCCCCGGUGCGCGGUGUUGAGCAUUCUAUCCAGCUCGUGCCUGACUAUCGUGUUCACCAUCAGGCACCGUACCGACUCUCGAUUCCAGAGGCGACGGAACUCAAGCGUCAGCUUGAGGAGCUCCUUCGACUGGGUUUCAUUAAACCCAGUAACUCCCCUUGGGGUGCACCUGUCCUCUUUGCUCACAAAGCGGAGGAACUCUCCGCCUCUGCAUCGAGUAUCGCGAACAACUUCUCCCAUGCCCCGCGCGGAUGAGCUGUUUGAUCGUCUGGCAGGCAACCGCUUCUUCAGGAAGAUCGAUUUUCAUAGCGGUUACCACCAGAUCCGCGUUGCCACAGAGGAUCAGCCGAAGACCGCCUUCCGAUCGCGCUUCGACCACUACGAGUUCACGGUGAUGCCAUUCGGCCUCACCAAUGCACCCGCCACCUUCCAGACGAUGAUGAACGACAUCUUCAGGGACAUCCUUGAAGAAUACAUUCUCGUAUACCUGGACGACAUCGUGGUCUACAGUCGUACCUUAGAAGACCAUCUCAGAUACCUCUGCGAUGUCCUACAACGCUUACGCAAGCAUGGCUUCUAUGCCAAGCUCAGUAAGUGCCGCUUUGCCCAGCGCAAAGUGGACUUCCUAGGACACCAUGUGUCUGACCAGGGUCUGCACAUGGACGACGCAAAGAUCACUAUUAUUGCAGAGUGGCCCGUCCCCACAUCUGCCAAGCAGCUUCGCAGUUUCCUAGGCCUCACCAGCUACUAUAGUAAUUUUAUCCAGGGAUACGCUAGGUAUUCCUACGUCCUUACCUCUACCCUGCUCCGGAAGAACCCGCCGUGGUUUUGGACACCCCUGUGCGAGGAUGCCUUUCGCGCCCUCAAGAAGGCGGUGACCUGUGCGCCGGUUCUUCGCCUUCCCGAUUUUGAUCAUCCCUUUAUCGUCACCACCGAUGCGUCAGAUUUUGCAGUAGGAGUUGUCCUUUCUCAGGUGUUUCCCUCUCCUCCAGAUUCAUCUUACCCCCAUGUUCCUCCUUCCCCCCCCCCUCCUGCUGACACUGCUUCUCGACUAACGCCUACCCUCCCACCACUUCCCUCCACUGAUAGUCCUCCUGUUACUUACUCCCCGACCAUCGCGGAGGAUGGGACUGUCGAGGCUCGUGCUAGGGAUUGCCCCAUCGCUUUCUACUCCCGUCAGCUACUGCCUGCCGAGAUAAACUACACUGCCGAUGAACGUGAGAGUUUCGCUGCUUUUGCGGAUAGCGUGUUUAUGGCUCUUGCGAUCCAUUACAGGUUCACAAGGGGUUCAGCUCCACUCUCUGGUGACCCCGACAAGAUGACCACCAACGCAAUCGCCAGCCUGAGGAUGGAAAGUCGCUAUGGGCCAGAUUCGGAAGAGGUGAACCUGGUUCAGAAGAUGCGGAGGGAAAAGUUGGGCAUGCUAGGGUCCAUGUCAUUCAAUUCCUAUUCAUCCUGCAUUGACUUGCACCGCGACAAGCCAUGGGUGCUAUUUUUCCACGGCAAGAGAACCGUUAUGGUGUGGGACUACGAAGAUGACAGACCCAUUGCGACCAUGAAAGUGCAUGGCAGGAGGCAUUUGGAGGGUAAGUGCGCAAAAUUUUUCCCGAACAAGGACUGGAUUGUGCUAUUGAGUUCGCGAUACUGGGUUGUGUUUCACUGCGAGGUCGUGGGUUCGAACCUGAGUUCAAAAGUCAUCGGCAAAGGAGUUAUCAAUCAUGUGGUGGACAUGGCUGUCCAUCCAUGUUUACCUAUCAUGCUCACGUGUUAUUGCUUGCCGAGUCAGAACGUUGAGCUGUGGAAUUUCGACGAUAGUCCACCGAAAAGUGUGUCUGUCAAGAGAACGAUACUGAAGGGCCAUACGUGCGUAGCGAGGAUGGCAACAUUUCAUCCCGUCAGACCGGACAUCUUUGCGAGUCUCUCGAACGAGGGGGAGAUCAUCGUGUGGAAAAUAGGCACAGAAACGCCAACCAAAACGAUCGGGGGCCAACAACAACAACAACAAGAACAACAGAUUGAAUACUUGCGAUUCUGCAAUGAUGUCCAUAAGUCCCAUCUCGUUGCCGGCGGAUCUCAUGGCUACUUAAGGGUAUGGGACUACGCAACAGGUGCCUGUAUUGCCCGUUUGGAACAAAAGGAUACCUCGCCCCCCUCCGUACGUUCCGUGUUCUUCCAUCAGAGCUUGCCGUACAUCUUCAGUGCAGGGAGUGAUGGGACCGUGGGAGUUUGGAGCGAGUUGGACUACACACCACUUCUGUUUUAUUCUAGUAAAAUUGAGAACCUGAGGGGCAUGGCUUCCUCCAGAAGCGGUGAUACGCUUGUUCUUGCAGGCAACGGAACAUUCGUCGUGCUGGAAGUCACUCUGCCACGGAAUGCUAGGAGAGCAGAAUAUGCGAGAAAGCUUAACAGAAAAACUGUAGACGACGAGAGACAGCACGAAACAUUGACAGGGGAGAACCGGUCUCUUCUGACGUCAGCUGGUCCAGGAGAGGAUAUUGCGAUGUCCGAGCGGAGAGAAAAGGAGUUGAAGGAGGACACGUUGGGAAUGAAGGUAAGUGAGCUGCUAAUGGCAACAGAUAAAUCCGAGGCAGAACUUGAAUACAGAAGAAGAGAGAUCGACAGAGACGCUGUACAACGUGAGAGAGCGAAUGAAACAGUGACAGGUGAGCACCUGUCUCUCCCACAGUCAUCGGCUCAACGAGAGGAUAUCAUGAUGUCCGAGCGGAGGGAAAAGAAGUCGCAGGACACAUCGGAAAAGGAGGUAAAUGAGCCGCCAACGUGCGAUAAAUCAAAGGUAGAACACGGAGAAACUAUGGCAAUAUCGCUGCAACAAAUUGUUGAGUUUGAAGGUACCACAACAGCAUUAUUAGAAAUGGCCUAUGAAAGAUCCAAGCAGACACUAAGAGAGCUCAAAGUAAUAAAGGAAGCGGGGGUGAAUGCACGGCAAAGGUCGGAGGAUAGGGUGCGGGCGGAGCUGGAACGGGAAGUGAUCGCGAACGCCGAUGAAAUACACAAGUUAAAAGCAGAGAGGAGAGAGAUGACAGAUAAGUUGAAGAUCUCCGAGCAGAGGAUCGCAGAGUUGGAAGAGGCGAAUGCGCAGCUAAUGUCUGCUGAGUCCAUGGUAGCAGAGCUUGAACAGAAAGGGAACGAGAAAGACGAGAGGAUUCGUCAGCUGGAAGAAGAGAGGGCAGCGUCAGUUGAGGCCCUUAGUGUCUGCACGCUGAGGAACGGAGAGCUGGAAGAGCAGUUGGAGAAGGCGGCCAGUAUGCUACGGAUAUGUGAGACAGAGAAAGAGGAGCUUGAAGAGCAGUUGGUUGAGGCGCUCAACGUCUACAAAAUGAUGAAUGAAGAGAUGGAAGAGCAGCUGUGGAAGGAGGCCAACAUGCGAUGGAUGUUUGAGAAAGAGAGGAUGGAGCUUGAAGACGAGGGUAGGGUGAAAACAGAGAGGAUCCAUCAGCUGGAAGAUGACAAAGGUUUCGUUGCCAAGGCACUGGAAACCGCGAAACUGAAGAUUAAGGAGAUGAACUCCAGGCUAGAGAAAGUCAUGGACACAGAGAAGAUGCUGGCAAGCUCCUCACUGGCACAAGCAGCAAACCGUGCUCAAACAGUGAAUGCAAAGAAUGCGCUGCAGCUUCACAAGCACUCCGUCAGCGAUCGGUAUCAUGAACCCAACACCUUCAGUAGUGAGAGGGAACCCAAGGAGGAAUAUGAUGAUGAUGAUGGAGGGGCAUCCCAGGGUGGGCUGCACAUUGCGACUCCUCUGGACACUCGAGGUCACUGUGGCGAGGUUGAAGAUCAAGGAGAUGAAGGCCAGGCUACGAAAAGAUACAGACGCACAUGAGAUGCUGACGAGCUCACAUAAGGUCGGGCCUGAUCGGGUGUGUGCAGCAGAAACUUGAUUGCCGAGAGGGGGAAGUCGGGCAGGAAGAUCGUUGUGGUGGGGCACACUCAGGUGAACUGCGCAUUGCCACUCAUGUGGACACUCUAAAGUGGCAUGGGUGACAAUGAAGAUAAUGAGGAGAA